UUUUCCAACAACUUUAUUUUAAAAGGCUUUUUUUCCACCGUCGUGCGUGUGCUCCUUCCCUGUUCGAUGAGUCUAUUUAACCUGCGCUCAUUUCGCCAACUGCAUCCCUUUUUUUUCUCUCUCCCUCUCUCUCUCUCUCUCUCUCUCAACCCUACAACGAUUUUGCAUCGUCCGGUUUUAUCAGUUUGAGCAGCGAGGAUCGCCACAGCAACUUCCUCUUUAGGGUCCUGGUGAAAAUUUUUCAGCAAUAUAUUCACCUCGUGUCUGUCUCUUUGAUCGCAGCUCGGGGUUUGUGCUCCUGUCCGUGGUGCUGAAACAGCUUCCGCUCAGCUUUUACACUACAGCACUGUAUUAUACAGUUACACUUUACUGUAGCCUUAGCGCAGUGGUGUGUAUUACCGCAGGGGUUCUUCAAAAUGAUUUAUUUCAAAAUGAUCUUACAAACAAUUUGAAGUCACCAUCGGCGAGUAUUUUUUAAAGUUCUAACAGGAUUCAGAAUACAAAUUGCUACAUAUAUAGGUUUUGUUUAUUUUGUAUCAUCGUGGUUUUAAAGAGAGAGAGAGAGGCAGUGAAGAGAGAAAGAGAAAAAGGGGAACUGGAGAUUUCUUCCAACUUCAAACGUCCUGAAGAAAGAAGAAACUUUCUCAGACAUUGGAUGAAUAUCUCCUAAGCUCUGUUGGAUGUUCCUACUGGAUAGGCUGUGAUUGUCGUAUUUUUGUGAGUCGAACUUGGCCGAACCCAAAUGAGAGUUUGAAAGCUCUGGCCCGGGAGGAAGCGCUCUUUUUUCCCCGAUGGAGGCGUCCACCCACGGCUCGUGCUCCGGCUCCGGCUUUGGCAUCGACUCUCUGCUGUCCCACAGACCCGGAAGCCCGGUGGUGGUCGUCGCCAAGGGUAACGGCGGCUUGGAGGGAGAAUGCCGGUCUCCGCCGGAGUUUAGCGCCGCGUCGGAUGCGGAGAGCGUGUGCUCAAGCCCACCGUCACCGAGGCGCGAGGAGCACGAGGAAGACGAAGAGCGCGAGGCGCACGAGCAGAGGCGAGGCCGCGCGCUCGCGCUGACGUCCCACACGCACCACGGCCCGGUGUCCGCCGCUCCCCAGCCGCGCACCGUCACCUCCUCCUUCCUGAUCAGAGACAUCCUGGCCGACUGCAAGCCGCUCGCCGCGUGCGCGCCGUAUUCUAGCAACGGGCAACCGACGCACGAGGCGAGCAGGUUAGCGUCUAAAGUGGCGGACGAGUUCAUCGAGAAAAUCCACAGCAACUCGUCCUCAGACGGAGAAUACAACAAAGUGAAAGAAGAAGGAGACAGAGAGAUUUCCAGCAGCAGAGAUAGCCCCCAGGUGCGACUGAAGAAGCCGCGGAAAGCGCGCACGGCCUUCACCGAUCACCAGCUCGCGCAGCUCGAGCGCAGCUUUGAGCGCCAGAAGUACCUGAGCGUGCAGGACCGCAUGGAGCUCGCGGCCUCUCUCAACCUCACCGACACGCAGGUGAAGACCUGGUACCAAAACAGGAGGACAAAGUGGAAGAGGCAGACUGCGGUGGGACUGGAACUCUUAGCGGAAGCCGGGAAUUACUCGGCCCUACAGAGAAUGUUUCCAUCGCCGUAUUUCUACCCGCAAGGUCUUGUGUCGGGUCUGGACCCCGGAGCUGCCGCGCUGUCCUACCUGUGCCGGGGCGCCGGAGCUCCUCCCCCCGCUGCUCCUGCGGGUCUUCAGCGGCCACCGCUCGUACCGCGGAUUCUCCUGCACGGGCUGCAGGGCGGACACGAGCCUCCGCCGCCUCUCCCCCCGCUGCCCGGGGUGGUACUGCCCAGACCCACCCCACCUCGAUGAACUUUCCCGACUCGGACUUUCCUUUUAAGACCAUAGACUGGAACUUGGUCUAUACUUAUUAAAACAUACACACACACACACACACACACACACCUGGCAGCUCUGGACUUCAACUUUACUGUUGACUAAAGGAUCGAGAAUAUAUAUUAUAUCAUAAAGCCAAUAUAUAUGCUUCUUAAAUGAAGAAGCAAACUCUAAGUUGAUGAUAUUGUUACCGCUAUUAGUCAUAAUUUAUGUAAUUAUUUAUGCCCCUUUUUUGUAUUUAACUUAUAUAUUUAUAUAGGAUUAUUGUUUGUUAUCAUUUAUGUUCAGAAAAAAAUGUUUCAGAAAUGUUUCUAAAGGACGCAAUAACAACAAAAAAAAGAACACACCACAUGAUGGGCUAUUAUUAUUAUUAUUAUUAUUAUUAUUAUUAUUAUUAUUAUUAUUAUUAUCAUUAUUAUUGGCAGUGAUAGAUAUAGUUUUAAUUAUAGUAAUAGCCCCCGUGUAAAAUAAAAUAAAAAAAAGCUCUUGAUAUUAUCGAGAUAAAAAAAAAAACACUACAGACGAAAUGCAGUUUUCAUUUCAUUCUUUUUUUCUUUCAGCUGUAAAAAAUUAAAAUUAAACUUAUAAGAUUCGUGUAAAUAGGAUUAUUUGGGUCAACAGCAAAUCUAGGUUUUCAUAUAGGUUUUUAAUUUAUUUAUUCCUUUUUAAGUCCUCUUCCAGGCGAAGAUGAUCAAGGACACGUUCAUAAAAAUGACAACGCCUUCAUGUAAUAAUUCUCAUGGAUUAUAGCAGAAUCAAAGAAUAUACAAAUGAGUAAAAGCAACACUCGUUUUCUGUUCCCCCCCCAGCGGCUUAAUAUAAAGACAGAAUGUACUGAAGUGUAUGGAAAGGAUGAAAUCAGGUGUGAAGAUCAUUUGUGCUCAGAGACCUUUCAGCUAUAUGAAUACAAAGUCUAUUUCAGAAAUAAUAUUUUGCCCUGAAAUGGGAGUAACUCUGAAUUGCUGCCAUUUUUAAAGAUUAGGGUUGCCAGAUUGUAAUCACUGUUUAUAUCCCACUCUUUUAACUCGUCCCAAUUCAUUAUCCUAUAAAUCAAAUCAAUGUACUCACCAAAUGGGACUAAAUGAUCUCGUCCAGGUUUCCAGCCCAAAGAAAUGGGAAAAUACCAUACACUGAGUGGAAUAGAUUCAUCUGGCAACCCUGCGUAAAACCUGUUUGGGAUUAAAGAAUAUUCGUGACACGUAGAAGCCCCACAAAAUGUCACGUUGCUUACCAGUUUUGAUGAAUGUCACGUUAAAUAAUAGGCUGCGUAUUUUUAUUUUUUAUUUUUUUCAUUUAAUUCAAUUUUAUAUUUUUUUUUUCCUGACAGUUUUAACCCUAACCUUAUGUGUUAGAGCAGAUAUUGUGCAUUAAUUCUGUAUAGAGCCGUUGUUAUUCUUUCUUUGGUGAAGGUGUAUAUUGAGAAUAUUGAUUUGUGCAGUGAUUCUUGUCUUUAGCCCUCCUCCUUUGUGCUUAUAGUGGUAUGAACUUUUGAGGUUAAAAAAAAAAAAACUCAUAU